UGAUUUUUGCCCUUUGUAACUCAGAAUGAAUAAAAACCAAUUUUUUUUGCUUGCUAUUUUUCAAGUUAUAUUUAUGAUGAAAUCAGGGAUAAUUUAGUUAUUAAAAUGAUAAGCACUUAGCUUAGCUCGUUAGUAGGCGCUCUUAAAGCCUUGCUACAAAUUUAGUUAUAUUUUUUUCGUUAAUUCAUUAACAAGAACUGAAAAUUUUUCCAAUUUUUAUUUCUCUGUUUAAUUAUAUAUUUUCCCAAAACUGACUGCCAUUUAGUAUUUGGGAAAUAUAUCAUAAUAUUGAAAUCGAAAUAAACACUUGCUUUCUCACUUAUAUAAAGAUAUUAAAUUAUAAAAUGAGUAUGUGAUGAAUGACAUUAAAUUCAAUAGUUUGUAAUUCAGUAAUUAUCGGGACUAUUAAUGUUUUUAUUACCUGGAUUAAUUACACAAGCACAAUUGAGGUUCUGGCAUGAUUAGAAAGUCUGUAGAUGCUAUUCAAAUUAUCAAAAUAAAAUUAAUUAAAGACAUGCGAACUUUGAAUACUGAAUUUAAGCUUGCUUAUUUUUCACCAUGAAUAUAUUUUUUAUAUUUUUAUUUUGUUUCAUGAUUUGUUAUUGAAAUAAGAUCACCAAAUUGCCGUCUAUUCCAGACAUGUGAUUUUCGCCUCUGGGGCAUAAAUAUUGAUUUUGUCUAACUAGUUACUGUGGUAUUAUCCAAGGGAAAUUCCCCUGGCAAUUCACCUGAAGAUUUCCUGGGGGACAUGAAUCUAAUCUUGGUUAUUGGUUCUUUGUUCACAAGUAAUGACAUUUCUUAUAAAAAGUUGUUAUGUUGUAUUGCAAGUCAACAUUGUUAAACUGAAUGUAUUUUAUUGCCUUCCUGGUCAUUCUUUUGGAUUAUUCAUAGACAAUUGCAACAUGGCAAUAUUAUCACAUUUAAAGCUAAGUCUCUAAAGAUUUUUUUUUUGUUAAUCAUAAAUAAUGUAUCUACUAAUCAGGUUAAUUUACUUUUAAGAAAAGUUUGAAGUCUUCUAUGUUCACUGUCAAUUUUCAAAAUGGCACCCAAGUGAAUAUUUAGUACUUGUGUAAUCAAUUUUAGUCUAACAUAAAUUUCAGUUUAUUUGUAAAAGCUACCUUCUUUGUAUAAUUAGAUAAUGUGAUUGUUUCAAUUUUGGUUUGAAGGUAUUAGUUAUUUUCCCAAGCAAUUGUGUAGUCUUAGCUGUGUAGGAUCAUAAUUUUAUGAAAUAAUUCUUUGUUGAGUGUGAAUUGAGUGUGAUUUAGAAUAUUUGGCAUAGACAUAUCAUAUUGAGCUCUUCGUUUUUAUAUUUAUUUUUGUUUGAUAAUGAGGUUGUAUUAUCUUCACCAAUUUAAAUUAACGAAGGAUGUUUUUCUUAUGCCUAGUGCUCCUAAUUUAUUCACCUUACUAGACUGUAUUUUUACAUUGCAUUUGCAUUUAGUUUAAUUUUUUGCAUAAAUGAAGAUUUUUUUCUUAAGAUUUAUAGGCACAUAACUUUUGAUAAUUGUUAUCCAAUUCUGCCUUUACAUUUAGAUUGUAAUAUGUAGGUGUGGUAUGGUAACGUCAACCUUAACACAGGAAAUAAGUAAAAUUAAUUUAUCUCUGAUAUACGUGUGUAUGUGGAUGAAAUGAAAUUAAAGCUGGAUCAGACAAGAACAUAUGACAAGGAUGGCCUUCGUCGCCGGGCUGCAUGUUUGUGUUUGCGUUCAAAGGAAAAAAUUGAAAUUUUACUGGUCACGAGUAGCAGACACUCCCACCUUUGGAUAGUUCCUGGUGGUGGAUUAGACCCAGGCGAAGGUCCAUCAACUGCUGCACUGAGAGAAGCUCACGAAGAAGCUGGUGUCAAUGGUAAAAUAUUGGAAUUGCUGGAUAUCUUUGAAAACAGUGCACGGAAAACCAGAACUUACGUAUAUGUUGUAUUAGUAGAAAGCCUAAAUGAUGAUUAUGACGAUGCUAAGAACAUUGGUCGUAUGAGGAAGUGGUUUACACUUGAUGAUGCUUGCGCUCAACUUCAGGUACAUAAACCAGUGCAAAUGGCAUAUAUCAGAACUUACAUGAAACGACAAACUGCCGAUUUGAGUCUCACAAAUGAUUCAUUUCAAAAUAUAGAUGAAGCUCAUUUAUUAAACUGUGAAUGUGAUAAAGAUUUAACAAAAUGUGAUCAUGCAUGUCACAUUACAUAUAAUAACAUGACAUUAAAUACAGAUUCAACAAAUGUUCCUGUGCAAUAAUUGUUAUUCUAUAUUCUAUGUUUAUUGACAAGACGCCUAUUUUUCUAUAUUACAUUGUUUUUUUCUCUUUUCAGCAUUGUGACCAUGGUUUCACACAUGCAUAAUAUGACUAUGAGCAAACAUAUUAUGACAUAAAACAUGAUUGAUAAUGCGAGUCAUUCAUGGCUGUAUAUGAUAAGGCCUAAAAUGUGAAUCAAUGCCAUGCUGUUUGAAAAAAUAAUAUAGAUUUAUAUUGAUGAUAAUUCAUGUGAUCUUGACCCAACAUGACCACCCACCUGACCCAAAAUUUGUUUUAUUGUACUUAAGAUAAAUUUUGCCAAUUACAACUUCAAAAUUACUCUAAUAUGUUAUCUAGAGUUUCACUACCAAUUGUGCACACAUUAAAAUGAAAUAUAUCCGAUUUAAUAUAUUUCUUUCCCAAAUCUGUUAGCAAUCAGGAUUGGAGCAAUUGUUUGGGAUAUGUCUCCUGAAAAUACAGGAAUAAUUUCAUAAUUCCCGAUUACAUUAAUAAAAAGAGAGUAAAUGUAUUGAUGGCUAUUUAUAGUUAGGCUAUAUUCAUUUUUUUUCUGUUAGAGGCAUUGCAGGUAAAUUUUAUUAUGGCAACUUUCAUUGCCAUAUGUAGUUUUGAUAUAAAAAAUAUCCUGUCGCUAUUGCUUCAACAGCUUGUGUGAAUGUAUCUUACUGUUCUCUCACUGCUGUAUAUGAUUAAAAAUAUGAUAUACCUGAGGUAUCUGCAUCGAAUAGAGUCGUGUGAGUUUUAUUCAAGUGUCUUAUAAAUGUGAAGAUCCUUUUUGUAAUUUGAAUUCUCUUCUUUGAUCCGUUUCAGUAUAUUAAAAUCACAUACCACCUUUCAUGUUAUUUCUGCCAAUGUAUUAUAAUGUAUGACUCAGUUAAUUGUUACAAUCUCUUGUGUAGUUUAAAAUCGUUAUCAUGUACAAACUUGUUGACCUAAAAUCAGCCUGAAUACUUUUUUUAAUGUAAUAACAAAAGUUGCUGAUAUGCUGUUUAUGUUGUUGCAAAUCAUUCUGCACUAUGUAGUACCAGCAAAGUAUAAAGUAUUGAGAAUUUUCAAUUCUAUCAUUUGGUUUCAUUUUACAAGGUGUAAGUGUGAAUUGUGGGACUGAACGAAAAGCCUACAUUUAGAUGUACGGUAUUAAUGAUAUAUGAAAUAUAAACCUUCGGGGCAGAAGCCACUUGAAUAUAAUAGAAUUUAUCACCGCGGAAAGGCCGAUCUACCGCUAUUUUUGUAAAACAUAAACACUAACAGGUUUAUAAUUAAUGAACACUCUUGGUUUCUAUUCGCCCCACCCACACUAUUACUUGGAGGCCAUUUAGUAUUACUAAUAUGGGUGCUCAUUUCACACUGAUUGGAUCAUGGCACACCUGUUCAAACCAAUGGUGUCAAUAAAGGUCGAUUGGUAUAUUCCACCUACAUGUCGAUUCAAAAUGUUGACGGGGCGUAAUUACAUUUAUAUGAAGAAAUAAGUAGACUAUAUCUAAUAAUGUACCAUAUCAUCUGGCAAUAGUUUAACUACUUUAACUUAUCAAGCCACUCUAUGGAUUUGUUACUGCUCAUUAGGGAGGAAUCUCAUCUUUUAGCUUUCCUCCGGUAUUUGGUAUGGCAAGAAUUUAAUAUUGCCACAAUUUUAUCAUACCGCGAAUACUGCAUACAUAUGGAAAAAUAAACGGCGUAAUGAGGUUAAUCGCAACUGAGCUGACCAAUAUAAUGCAUCGUUGAUGUACCAAUUGUAUCUCAUUGGUUCUACAGAGAGCAUGGAUUUUUGAAAAUAUUUUCGAAAUGAAUCCAUUUAGUUUCUACAUUCUGGAAUCAAGGUAUUAUUUGUUCUCCUUUUUAUGGGGGUAUAUUCGUUGUAACAUGAUUAGAAUUAAUUUGCAUUAUUCCGCCUAAUUGUUAUUGUAUUGAACAUAAAGUUUAAUUUGUUGA